AUGGCUUCGCGGGGAGUCUCUACUCUCAAGUUUGUCGGCACCGUGUCUCUGGGGUUGUUGACCGGCCUGUCCUACACUCUGUCAACCCUCACCGUCCCAACACUCCUCACCCUGCCCUCCGCCAGCACCGCCGCCAAGGCCUUCCGGUCGCUCACCACGACCGCGAGGACGCACCUGCGCACCCUCGCCGGCAUCUCGAGCACCGCAUUCUUCCUCGCCUUCGCCCUGUCCCCCCGAUCCGCCCGCCACCCCUACCUGCUGUACACCUCUGCCCUCGUUGUCAUCUCCCGCCUCAGCGUGUCCGACUUUGUCGCCCCGUACCUGUUCGCCCACCCCCACGCGCCCGUGUCCUCGUCGCAAAGGCAGUCAUCUGCCGCCCGCAAGGACCGGUCGGCCACCCGCCGCAUGGAGGCUAGCUACGAUGUGAUCGGAUCCGACGCACACAGCGAGGCUACGCUCGACUCGGCCAGUGACAGGAGCAUCGAGGACGACGGCGCAGCGGCGGCCGAUGUCAACGGUGAGGAGGUCCGCGGCGAGGUAGAGGCGUUCCUCAAGAAGCAGGUCGUCUCCGCUGCGACGGCGGGCCUGGGCUUCCUCAUGGCCGUCGUCGGCAUCUGGGGCGAUGGCGCAGUGGGUUACGUGAGCGAGACCGUUGUCAAUGUCAUCGAGAUCUGA